AGAAGAAAAGGCAAGACAGCACCAGUAGACUCUCACCAACUCAUUGAAUCAAUCAUAACCCUUCCACCUCUCCUCCUCCUCAAAAUCUCCCACACCACCAUCAUCAUUUGGUUUUUGUACCCCAGCUAAAACAAAGAACACCAAAAAGGAGGAAGAAGAUUAGGAAAGCUUUCUUUCAUUAUAUAUUGCAGAAGCAAGCAUACCAUACGCCUUGUUCCUCACAUCGCCUCUUAGCUUCUUCUCCUUCUUCCUCCUCCUCCUCCUCCCCCUCCUCCUCCUCCUCAUCUUAUGUAGAGAGGCUACUCCUCCUAGCCUUGGGAGAUCGGCAAUGUCUGCCCAAAUUCUACCUGAGCGCAUUUGCUACGUCCACUGCAACUUCUGCAACACCGUCCUCGCGGUCAGUGUUCCUGGCAACAGCUCCUUCAACAAUGUAGCGGUACGAUGCGGGCAUUGUUCAAUUCUGUUGUCUGUCAACAUGGGAGACUUGCUUCAAAGACUUCCUUUCCAAGAUUUCCAGAAAUUGCAGACCUGCAACACAGCAGCUCAAGGUAGCAGGAUGGAAUGUGGAUCACCUUCAAAGUUUAGUAGGUCUUCCUUACUGUCCACAAUGCCAAAUUAUCAAGAACAAAUGCUACCUACUCGACCCCCGGAGAAGAGACAACGCGUGCCAUCUGCAUAUAACAAGUUUAUCAAAGAGGAGAUACAAAGGAUAAAGGCUAAGAAUCCAGAGAUCAGCCACAGAGAAGCAUUCAGCACUGCAGCAAAAAAUUGGGCACACUUCCCUCAUAUCCAGUUUGGGCUAACAGUUGAUGGGAAUAAGCAACCAAAGACUGAUGAACAAGUUGCUGCAACAGUCACUGCACCAGGAAGCCAAAAAGCUCAGAGUUUCUUCUAACUAUUAAUCUGGAGAGUGAGUAGAUGCUGCAGUAUAUGAACUUGCAUUCUGCAGGUCAAUAUGAAGUCCAUUUUAAGUAUCUUUACUUUGGAAACUUAAUUGUAAUAGGAAAAAAAGCCUUCUAAGCACUUUGCUACUCAUGAUCAUUUAUAUUAAUCCUAUGCUAUGCCAAACCUAAUAAGCUUAAUUUUA